ACUGCAGAUCAACACAGGCCUGCUGUUUCAGGCAUCUUCACAAUGCCAUCCAACCUUCUCACACCCUUUCUGGAGCUGGAUGAUGAAUUUUGCAAGAGUUUUCAGAGUUUGGAUGUACAGGAUGGUUCAAGGCGAGCGGUCGGGUUCCAGCGCAGACACUCCCUGUGCCCGGUCACUCUGCCCAACUCCAAAUUCAACAUCGGUGGCGCAGACCCUACUACAGACGACCUGUGGUCACUCACUGGCAUCACCAGCCAGCCCUGGACCAGCGAGCAGCUCCCACGUUCCGCUCUGCAGCGCAUCCCAUUCCGUGCUGACCGCUCCAUCAGUAUGAUCGAAGGACACGUGAGCGGAGAGUCCACUCUACCGCCCCCACCUGGCCUGAGUCUGACCCCAUCCUCCCCGAGAGCGCUCACCCCAGUGUCGUUAACUGUGCCCGCCGUCUCGGCUCGUUACAAGACCGAACUGUGCCGCACGUACGAGGAAAGCGGGGUGUGCAAGUAUGGCGCAAAAUGCCAGUUCGCUCACGGCAUGGAGGAGCUGCGCGGAUUGAGCAGGCACCCCAAGUACAAAACCGAGCCGUGCCGCACCUUCCACACGGUGGGCUUCUGCCCCUACGGUGCGCGCUGCCACUUCAUCCACAACGCUGACGAGAUCCUGCAGCAGCAGCGCCAGGGCACCAGAGAUCGACCCCGCCUGUUACGCCAGAGCGUCAGCUUCGCAGGUUUCUCCUCCCGCCCCGCAGUGCCCGCUUUCCAAGCGCAACCGGACACGCUGGCGUUCAGCAGGGCGGCCUCCGUGUCCCCUCCUCCCUCCUCUUCACCCUCAUGUAGCCCUGAUCUGCCCUCACCCCAGCUCUUCCCUGAACCGGGGGCUUUGAAGUCAAGCUUCGGGUUUUCUGCUGAUCUCAGCGCGCUGGCGUUUGCCGGGAGACUGGCGGCACUCCAGCGCAGCGCGUCCGCGGACUCGCUCUCCGACCACGACGGCUACUCGAGCUCCGGGAGUCUGAGCGGCUGCGACUCACCCGAAGUGGAAAGCACCAGACGCCUGCCCAUCUUCAGCCGUCUGUCUAUUUCAGACGAUUAA